CAACUAGCGACAGGCAUCAGCGCGCGCAGGCAUCUGCUCCAUCUUUCCUCCGAAAACUCUUGAGGCAUCCUCGUGCCCUGCAAUUAUGAUCAUACUUUUCCUAACGCUGUUUGCGAACGUUUUUAAGACCGGAUGGACCGGUGUAAACGAGCGCACGUUCAUAGCGGUGAAGCCAGAUGGUGUUCAGCGCAGACUGGUGGGCGAGAUCAUCCGCCGCUUUGAACGCAAGGGCUUCAAACUGGUCGGCAUGAAGUUCCUACAGGCAUCUGAAGAGCAGAUCAGACAGCACUACUAUGCACUGAGAGAGAAACCUUUCUACAGUGGCUUGGUCAAAUACAUGAGCUCUGGACCCAUUGUAGCUAUGGCGUGGCAGGGGUUGGAUGUGGUAAAGACUUCCAGAAAGAUGCUUGGAGAGACGAAUCCAGCAGACUCUCCUCCAGGGACUAUCAGAGGAGACUACUGUGUGGAAGUGGGCAGGAAUGUUAUCCAUGGCAGUGAUUCAGUUGAAAGUGCCCAGAGAGAGAUGGCACUGUGGUUUAAGGAGAAUGAAUUAUUGUGCUGGGAGGAGUGCAGUGAGCACUGGAUCUAUGCUUGAGACAGUCAUGCGCUUAUUGUAACGGCUUUUACACCCCUGAAGUGCAUCUAGCAAAUCAGAGAAACCUUGACACUGCGACAAUAAAUUAACAUUGCUGAAAUAAACAUUGCUCAAGCCAUCAAGUGACCAAAAUACUUUAAAGUCAGCCACAGCUUUAUCUUGACAGACUUUUUUGGUUUAGGUAGUUUUGGUCAAGCUGUUUUGAAUGUAAUAAGAAUUUGUAUUUUGGAUUUGCUCAUUGUUAAAAAUGUUUCAUCUUCCUAAGUCUGUGCUAUUGUUGAUAAAUGUCCUUAUGGGAACCUUAAUGCACUACUCAAAAGUUCUCAGCACUUAAAAUGUCAACAGCCACUUGAAAGAGAUUGUUUACAUUUGUACGUCCAACUUUUGAGCAGGUCACAUUGUCAUCUUUAUGAGGGGCACCUUACAUCGCAAAUAAAUUCAUUUGUACAUUU